AUGCCCCUCUCAGGAACUCCGGCUCCUCCCAAUAUGAAGAAAAAGCCCUCUAAAAUCAUUACUGAUCUCUCCAACAUCACACAAAAUGAGGAAGAGGAAAAAGAUAUCACCCAGCUUGACCUCGGGACUAAGAUUAAGACGCCUAAGGAAGUGAUGCUGGAGGAGCUGUCUCUGAUGAAAGGCAAAGGCUCAAAGAUGUUCAGAAUGAGGCAGCAGAGAGUGGAUAAGUUCAUCAUGAGUGCUGAGAACCCGCAAAACCUCCAGAACCUGGCACCUUCUGUAAACUGUGAAAAGACCCCACCCCAGACCCUCCCCAAACCAGAACCACCAAAAGAUGAAGUAGAACCUGAGACUGAGAAGGAGACAAAGAUCUGUGAGAAUGUUAAAACAUAUAUCUCACCAUGGGAACGUGCUAUGAAAAAUGAUGAUGAGCUCAAAGCCACCCUGAAGCCACAAACGCCAGGGCCUCAUGUGCACAAGGACCUGCCUCAGUACAAGAGUUUCAAUAGAACAGCGUUGCCUUUUGGAGGAUUCGACAAGGCAUGUGACCUGCUGACCUUCAAGAUCCCUGUGAUCAAGGUCGCGUCUGAAGAGCCAAAGCCACAUUCAGUGUUCCAGUGUGACAUCAACUCUCGACCAUCUUUCAACCGUACUCCUAUUGGCUGGGCAUGCGGCGAAGAGCCCAGCGUCCCUCUGACUCUGGAGCCCGUCCUCUUUGAAGAAGAGACUGAAGACUUCUGA